GAUUCACUCAACACCAACAGAGGCAGCUGGCUGGUGUCACGUCCAGUGAUGUAAGCUCGGAUUCUGCUGCAUGCAAUUGCCUCAAAACUUUUUCCUCCUUGUGGUGACGAGGUUUCCUCCCGCUGGCCGAGCGAGGGGCUCGCUUUCCGGGGGCGAGUGGAUGGAAGUCAGGGUUUCCAGCAGAGCCAGAGCGUAGUGGUCGAGCUGGCAGCAGCACUGAGCUCACAGCAGAAGUUGCGUGAUUGUGUUUGUUUCCUCGCUGAAGGAGGAGGAGGAGAGAAGCAGCAGAGCUGCAGGAUGUGGUCGCUGUCCGCGGUGCUGAACCCGCUGCUGUUCCUGCUGCUGUUUGGAUACUGCCCUACUGUGACCAUCAGGCCAAAGGAGGGGUGGCAGGUGUACAGCUCCGCUCAGGAUGCAGACGGGCGUUGCAUCUGCACAGUGGUGGCACCAGAGCAGAAUCUGUGCUCCAGAGAUGCCAAAGGCAGGCAGCUCCGCCAGCUCCUGGAGAAGGUACAGAACAUGUCGCAGUCAAUCGAGGUGCUGAACCUGCGGACGCAGAGAGACUUUCAGUACAUCAUGAGGAUGGAGAGCCAGAUCAAAGGGCUGCGGUCAAAGUUCCGGCAGAUCGAGUCGGACAGGAAGACGCUCGUCAACAAAAACUUUCAGGAGUUGAAAGGAAAGAUGGAAUCCUUGCAGCCCCUCAUCCCCGUUCUGGAGCAGUACAAGACGGAUGCAAAGCUCAUCUCCCAGUUUAAGGAGGAGAUCAGAAACCUGUCGGGUGUGUUGAUGGGCAUCCAGGAGGAGAUGGGCGCGUACGACUAUGAGGAGCUGCAACAAAGGGUCCUAAACCUGGAGAACAGGCUUCACAACUGUAUGAACAAACUCACUUGUGGCAAGCUGAUGAAGAUCACUGGGCCGCUGACAGUGAAAACCUCAGGGACCCGAUUUGGAGCCUGGAUGACUGAUCCUCUGGCUUCACUCAAAAACAGCAGGGUUUGGUACAUGGACGGCUACACCAACAACAAGAUAGUAAAAGAGUACAAAUCCCUCACUGACUUUGUGGCAGGAGUGGAAUCCAGAACCUAUAACCUGCCUUUUAAAUGGGCCGGAACCAACCACGUGGUGUACAACGGCUCUCUGUACUACAACAAGAUGCAGAGCAACAUCAUCGUGAGGUACAGCUUUGAGACGGGCCGCGUGGUCACGCAGAGGGCGCUGGAGUCGGCAGGCUUCCACAACGUGUACCCGUACACCUGGGGAGGCUUCUCAGACAUCGACCUGAUGGCAGACGAGCUGGGCUUGUGGGCCGUGUACGCCACCAACCAGAACGCCGGGAACAUUGUCAUCAGCCAGCUGAACCCAGACACGCUCCAGAUCCUCAGCACUUGGAACACAGAAUAUUCAAAGAGGAACGCCGGAGAGUCUUUUAUGAUCUGUGGAACCCUGUACAUCACCAACUCCCACCUGACAGGGGCUAAGGUGUACUAUGCCUACUCCACUAAAACAUCCACAUACGAGUAUACGGACAUUCCUUUCCACAACCAGUACUUCCACAUGUCCAUGCUGGAUUACAACGCUAGGGACCGGGCCCUCUACGGUUGGAAUAACGGCCACCAGGUUCUCUUUAAUGUCACACUUUUCCACAUAAUUAAAACCGAGGAUGACUCUUAAAGGGAGAACACACUGUAUAAAAGAGAGGAAAUAUGGUAAAAUAGAAGGUUGUGCCUAAACAUCCUUAUAAUUUGUCAUUCGAAAUGUAUUUAUUUUGUACGGAAGAGUAUUAGGGCCAGGCAGCAGAAAAAUAAAAAUAAUAUUUUAGAGGAAGAUUUUUUUUUCAUUGUGCACU